CCUCUUAAGAAGCUCGACGCGGGUUUUCUGUGGGAUUUUUUUUCCUUCUAAUCAGAGCCGUCUGUGUCUCGCCCAUCCGGCUUUCGCGAUAGGGAGAAGGAAGUGCGCACCGACCAAUUUGUGGUGGAGAGAGAGGCCGAGGCACAUAAGUUGGCCCGCGGCAGAAAAAAGUUCAAAACACGUGGCUUUUCGCUUUCGCCCCUCACCUCUCUAUGCACGCUCAAGGACGCGUCUCUUGCGGGAAAAGAGCGCGCCUGAGCAACGCGCGCUCACAAGCUAGCUGGAAUUCAAUUUGAACGGCAGGUGGCCAGCCGGCUUCACGUCCACGACCACCACAGGCCAGAUCCAAGACAGGAGAAUAGAGGCCGAAGGUCAAGAUGGCACAGGCAGUCACAGCCAUAGGUCGAGCCGUGGUGCUCAAGGGCCCCCACAGCGACUCUCGAAGCUAUGUGACUGCGCUUCCCGACACGCUCGAACAACUUGUAUCAAAAGCACGCGAGCGCUUUCCAGUACCGCCGGACCACACGCCUCACAUCACGCUGGGCGACGACACGGGCGCGAUCCUGCUGCCCGAUGCGAUGCCCUUCAUCCGCGAUCGUGAACUCCUCGUCUUCCGAUGGAUUGCAGACACGCCUCGGAGCAGCCUCAAAGCCGCGCGCAUGUCUGAGCAUGGUAGUGGUAGCAGCAGCGGCUCUUCUUCUUCUUCCUCGUCGUCCUCAUCGACCAGCGUCGGUGGCAGCGGCGGUGGCAGCGGCUCCUCGAGGUCGGUCCGAUGGGAUGCAAACGUGGUGAGCAAUGAGGGCAAGACGACAAGCCACCAUGCACGACCACCCUCGGCUUUCCAGGGCGCCGCCGCCAGGGCUGCGCAUACGGCAAAGGUGCUUCAGAGGGAGCAGCAGAGGCGACUCGCAGAGGAGCAAGAAGCGGCGCGACGUAAGCCGAACAACAGCACCAUGACGACGACGACGGCAGAAACAGCGACGACGAUGAUGAGACCCGACGGCCACGAGUCGGACGUGUUUGGAAGAAUGCGACCAGGUCCUCCUCGAUCGCUGCAGCCAGCAGCGCAAGAAGAGGAGCAGCACCACUACGACUCGGCCGUCGAGCUUUGCACGCCCUCGCCGGCUCAACGCCAGCAGAAGAAGACGGCUGAAGAGGAGCAGCAGCGGCAGCAACAGCAGCAACAGCAGCAACAGCAGCAGAGCUCAGCCAGCAAGCUCAGACAGAUGAUCCAAGGACACCAAGAAGACAUCGGUGCUGCCCAAGACUCGCGGGCCUCGCACCCUGCAGAGACAAAGUACCCGGAAGAGGAACAGCCGAGCUCCUCGCCGAUUGCCUCGCCGACGAGGGACGUGCUCGGUGCGCGAAGGUCGCCCCUCAACGAGCUCUGGUCGCAGGGCGCCUGGAAGGAUCUCGGCAGCGGGCCAUCUCAGACGGCCAAAAGCGUCCAUCUGCCAUUCGAGCAGCCGACCGAGGAUGCGCAGGCCGCAGAAGUCGAAGGGAGACAAGCUGUGGUAUCAGACGAGCCCGAGAAGGAAGCAAACAACCUAUUUGAAAGCGUCGAGGGUAACAAAGAGCUACCCCCGGCCGCCAUUACAACCGUCAUUAUUGAGCAAGAUCGUGAGGCCGCGCUGCCAGCAUCGAUGAGCAAGCCGGAAAUCACGGUGUCCGACUCGAUGGAGACGGAAUCAGACGAAGAGGAGGCCGUCGAGCGGAGCAUCUCCAGCUCGAAUUCGAGUCCAGUCAAGGAAGCGACGCUGAACAAAGAGCAGGAGCAGGAGCAGCAGGAGUCAGUGACGAAGAUCGUGGCAGUUCCCAAAGAGAAAGAGGAGGUUCCCAAGGCUACCAACCAAGAAUGGUGCAAGAUGAUGCGCGUCGUUGUUGAUCAGCUGCAGGGACACCCGAGCAACGGCACCCUUCGACGGUCCAUGUCAGCCCAGCUCAAUGACUACUACGGACAGACUGGGAACGGCCGUCCAGCCGACUUUUCUACAAUCUCGCAGCGCAUCGACGCAGGUAGCUACAGCCGAAAAGAUCCUCUGACCGACUUCGCCACGGAUCUGGCACAAAUGUGGUCUGCGGUCAGGGGCUUCUAUGGGCCUCGAAGCGCCGAGGCGAGAUGUGCAGACGAGCUCGAAAGAUUCUCCAUGAUGCUCCUCGAUGAGUUCAAGAGAGGUGCCUCGAGGACCAAGCAGCAAGAUCGGCCAAAUGAAAAGAUGGACGCAAGGGCGAGGGCCGUCAUGACGCUGAAGCAGAUGAGGUCGGGAGGAAGCCCAGGCUCUCGCAGCGAGACCACGAGCAGAGAGGCCCGCAUCGUCCAUGGCAGGACAGGGUCAAUCCAACGGUCCCCACAAGCGCACCGCGGAAGAGCAGCAAAAGUAUUAUGCCAAUCUCAUCAGGAUGGGCAUCACCAACAAGGACGCAUCGAAGGCCUUUGGCGACCGGCUCGAGCAGCAGGAACAGUUGAGGAAGAGGCCAAAGCUUGACGCGACCAUGAGAAGAGGCAGCGGGCAACAAGAACAGCAGCGGGUUGAGACGACAACAGUGAGCAGCACCAGUCCAGCAGCCAUUCAAGAAGGAGUACCUGUUGCGGCGACUCAGGAGGAGAGGCAGGAGGAGAGGCAGGAGAUGCCGGAGCAGGAUGCGGAGAUG